AUGAUCCGCACAGUCGUCGGUCUCCUCGCCCUCUGGGCAGGCGUACAAGCCGCGCCUACACGACGCGACACAUCGAGUCCUGCUGUGCGGGUCAGAAACGGAACAUAUGUCGGCGUAACGAACACAAACUACAACCAGGACCUGUUUCUGGGCAUCCCCUAUGCACAGCAACCGGUUGGAAACCUGCGGUUUACUGUGCCGCAGUCGUUGAAUGAGACGUGGGAUGGGGAGCGCGAUGCAAAGGAGUAUUCGGAUAGUUGUGUAGGAUAUGGAACGGAUUCAAUCUGGUAUCAGAUGUCUGAGGCGUGUCUCACGCUCAAUGUGAUUCGUGAUUCAUCAGUAGAUGAGGACUCACAACUCCCCGUGGGAGUCUGGAUCCACGGCGGAGGCUUCUAUCAGGGCUCCGGCGCAGACGAGCGAUACAACAUGUCCGCAAUCGUCUCCAACGCCAAUAAAAUCGGGAAACCCUUCAUCGCAAUCACACUCAACUACCGCCUGUCCGCCUGGGGCUUCCUAAGCUCCCGCGAAGUCGCAGAAAGCGGCAACACGAACCUCGGCCUCCGCGACCAACGUCUAGCCCUGCACUGGAUCCGUGAGAACAUCGCCUUCUUCGGCGGCGACCCCGAUAAAGUCACCAUCUGGGGCGAGUCCGCCGGCGGCAUGUCAGUGGGCUACCAUCUCACCGCGUAUGGCGGACGAGACGACCAUUUAUUCCGCGGGGCGAUCAUGGAAUCCGGCGGGUCGGUAUCGGCCAGUCCACUUCGUGAUGAGGCGUUGGAUCAGGAUGCGUUUGAUGCGCUUGCCAAGGAGGUUGGGUGUGACGGAUCUGGGUCUGGGGAGGGGGUGCUGCAGUGUCUGAGGGAGGUGUCGUUUGAGAAGUUGAAUGAGGCGCUUAAUGGAACGGGGGGUGAGUCAGCGUAUUGGUUCCUGCCAGCAAUUGAUGGGGAUUUUAUUAGGAAGAGGGGGAGUUUGUCGUUGGGGGAGCAUGAGUUCGUGCGGGUUCCUAUUAUCUCUGGGACGAAUACGGAUGAGGGGACGUCGUUUGGGCCGACGGGGAUUAACACAACUGAGCAGUUCUACGCCUACUUGACAGGCAACCAAUCGGACCCAUCCCUCCCCCCCGCCGUCGCUCGAAACAUCCUAACCCUCUACCCGGACGACCCCUCGCAAGGCAUCCCAGCGUACCUCGGUGACGCCAGUAUCGUCUCCAAGGGCCUGCAAUGGCGCCGCACAAAUGCCUACACCGGCGACUACAUGAUGCACGCGAACCGCCGACGGCAAUGCACCGCGUGGGCCGAGACCUCCACACCAGCCUACUGCUACCGCUUCAACAUUCGCAGCGCCGACGUGUCAUACAUCUCUGGCUCAGCGCAUUUCGAAGAAGUCGCAUUCGUAUUCAACAACAUCGCAGGACUGGGAUAUCACUACGGAAAGCCGUUUACGGCAGAUACGCCGGAGAGUUGGGUACGGCUUAGUGAAAUGAUGGCGAGUAUGUGGGCGGGGUUUAUUUAUGAGUUGAAUCCGAAUGCCAUUGGGUCGUAUUCUGGGGAUUCCGUGAGGUGGGAUGGGUAUUGUGAUGGGAACGAAGUGGAUAUUUUGUUUGAUGCGAAUGCGAAUGCGACGACGAGUCGGAUGGAGGGGGAUACGUGGCGACAGGAUGCGAUUGAGUAUAUUAAUUCGAUUGCUGAUGUGUAUGAGCGGUAG